CAUCUUGGAUCAGAGUGACCUCUAGCGGAGUAUGGUGGCAGUAUGGCAAGCGGCAAAAGGAAGCGACUAUCUAGUCCCAAAACAUCGCAGAAUCGGAGAGGAAAUGCCACGGAAGAUUUCCGUGCCUACAUGGCUGAUGUUGUCUCCAAAGGGCAAAUUUGUUUGUCCAUUGCUCUUGGACACGAGCUACGUCUGUUUGAUUUACUGGGGGGAUUCGACGAACCGAAGUCGUGCUUGGAUAUAGCUGAGGCCGUCGGAAGCGAAGAGUCGUAUAUCAAAUCUUGGUUAAAGUCAAUGGUGUCAGGGAAAAUAGUGGAGGUUGUGGAAAGUGAGGAAGGGGAAACAUAUUACUAUUUACCAAAAUAUCGUCUUCCUUUUCUCACAUCAACAGAGAACAACCUGACCAGUCUCACUAGACAGUUUCCUGUUAAAGACCAUGUGUAUCCAGAUGUUGUUAAAUCAGGGAAAAGGGAUGAACCUGCUGUUGUAGGGUUUUCCUACCUGGUAGACUGUGGGGGCCACAAAAAAGUCAUUAAAAUUGAAAAGAAGGCGGAUAUCUAUAGUGAAAUAAAAGAAGCGUUUAAUCUGCUGCCAGAAACAUCACUCACUUUGCAAGUAUUCAAUCAUGAAUGGGAGGAUUUUAUUGAUAUUGACUUCUUAGAGGAUCUCCCAAACAAGGGGAAAGUGAUAGCUAUUGCUACAACAGAUGUGUCAGUUAUCACAUCAUCAACAGGAGCCCUCACACAACUGAAACCUCUCACUCUGUGUGCCCCUGUGGAAAAUGUUGAAAGUACUCUUCCUGAGAAUCCCAAUGGUGCAACAGAGAACAUUAAUCAUGAAAUGGAGCAGACUAAUUGUGUUCCACUUGGAGACGAAGAAAAUUACUUAUCAGAUGAAGCGGAGACAUUUUACGAAGUGGCAGAUGGAGUGAAAAUAGUUUUGUCUGAUGAUUUUACCGAGGCUGUAUCUACAACAGAAGAAUCAGCUGUCAGUGCUGCAGAAGCCCUUGAAGAAUUGGAGCAUCAAACUGCAUGUCACUGUGCUCCUAGUGCAGAGCUUGUGGAGAACAUUGCAGGUAGUCUCCCUCUGAAUGGGCAUGUGGCAGAAGAUAAGUCCUGGCAAACACAGCACCGCCAGCCUCUCCCCAUUCCUUUUGAUUAUGAGAUUCCACUGGACAAAGUAUCCUCAGCAGUGAAAGCUGCUCUGGAGGGAAUGCAGGACCUCAGUGAUAGUCAGAAAAGUGCAUUACUCACUGUGUACGAGGAUGCCACUAGUAGACUGGGGAAAUUAGAUAGAGCAAGUGAUGGAGAAGAGAAUAAUAAACCUUUGCCACCCUUGCCCAAAAAACGGCCUGUAAAACGGAAGAAGCUGAAACAAGUCCCAGACAAUGCACUGCACACAUCUGCUGGCGAGGAAGCCAAUACAGCUCCGUCAACUACACCAGAGAAAACACGUGUAAGGAAGCAUAAGAAGUCUAAAACAUUACCGGAGGGUGCUCUUGAAGGCUUUUUCAAGGCUAGAGCAAGUGCUAGCAAACAGACUAAUGAAGCUUUGUCGACCACUUCAGACAAACAACCUGUAAAGAGGAAGAAGUUCAAAACUUUACCAGAGGGUGCACUGCAAACCUUUUUCAAGGCUAGAGCAAGUGCUGCCGAGGAGACUAAUGAAUCUUUUUCAACUUCAACAAAGAAACAACGGAAAAAGUCGAAACAAGUAUCAGAGGAUAGACUGCAAUCGAAGCGGGGGAAGUACAAGGCAUAUAGUUUGGCAGAAAAGCAGGAGCUUAUUGAGUUGGUAGCCAUGUAUGGUACCUGCAACAUUGCCAGAACUGUGAAUAUUCCACGGUCAACUAUCUGCACUUGGAAGAAGGAUCUUGCCGAAGAGGGUGUGGUCAGAAGGAGCAACGGGAGGAGAAUAGGUGGUGGUAGGGCCUGCAUUCUGGGAAAGGAGACGGAGGAAAAACUUGGCAACUGGUGUUUGGAGCAGAUGGACCGGCAGACCCCAAUCUCUUUGGAAGCAAUCUGCAAUCAAGCACUUAAACUUGCUGCAGAAAGAGACAUUGACUUCAAAGCUUCAAGGGGUUGGGUCAGAAGGUUUUUGUUCAGACGGGGCCUGUCACUCAAGAAAAAAAACACCAGCCAGACAGCACCUACUUGUACCUAGGCAUCCUAUCGGCACUUCAGGCCACCAAUGGCUAAGAACCUACCAUAAUAAGGCAGAAAACUCUUUUAAAUAGAUGAACAUGGAUGCAAUCAAGUUUAGCAAUUGAGGUAGUUUAUGAUAAGAAACCUAAGCCAAGACUAGUUAAAAAUUCAUUUAUUAAAUGUUAAGGAAAAACAAAAAAAAAAGUUUUGUUCAAAAGUAAUUCUAUAUUUUUAGAUCAUGAUUUCCUCCAACAGGAAGAAGAAAUUAGUAGCUACCUCAAUAACUGCAUUGUAUUAUGUCAGAAUCCAUGACACCAUUUCUACAGGAAAGGAAUAUAAUAAGUCUGUUAGUGACUCCCUUGCUGACUUUUUUCAAAGACGGAGGUUAAAGAUGGAGGUGCACAUUAAUUGUACUCCACAUUAUAUUACAAAGAUCUACAAGGAUAGUGCAACUGGGAUUACAUCAUUACAUGGUAUCACUGAAAAUGGGAGAAGAUUGUACUUUGUUUAAAAAACGCUAAAAAACGUCACAAUUCUUAUACAUGCUUUAUGAGUUCAUGUCACAUUUGUAUUAUUUUUAGCAGGUCAAUUAAGAAUUCGCUUGUCUCGUCCUCUCAGUAGUAGCUGCUAUGGUCUGAUUAAGUACAUUCUCCUAAACGUGAAAUAAUCAUCAAUAUUUUUAAUCCAUCAUUCUUCGUCAUCAUCAUAAUCGCAAUAAACGUUUUACCAACUAUAUUACAACUAUUGUAUCUUUCCAUGUAAGAAUUCUAAAGCUACGUAUGUAACCUUGUCGUAAAAUAAACUAUUCCCG